GGGAGUGGCCGGGGGAGGCCGGCGGGGCUGGGGCUGGGGCUGCCAUGGGGCGCCGCGCUGCCUGACCGCCCCGGGCGCUGCCUUCCUCCCUCCUCCCUCCUCCUCCUCCUUCACCUCCUCCUCCUCCUCCUGCCGCCGCCCGCCCCGGCCCGGCUCCGCUCGCCAUGGGAGAUGUGGUCUCCACGCACCUGGACGAGGGUCGCCGCCAGCACAUCGCGGAGAAGACGAGGAAGGUGCUGGGGGAAUUUUGCCGGUGCUACAAGGAGCAGUAUGGCGUAGCGCUCUUCAACAGUGUCCGCUAUGAGAUCGAAGGCAACGGAGGGCCGCAGGCCCAGCUGCUGCACCGCAAGGUCCCGCUGGAGGACCACGUCAUCUACUCGGGCAACCUCUUCCAGUACAUCGAGGAGAACAAGAAGUGGAGGAACCGCUUCUGCGUGGUCCCGCACAACUAUGGCUUGGUCCUCUACGAGAACAAACUGGCCUAUGAGCGGGACCUGUCACCCCGUGUGCUGGUCAACAGUGCUGGCUACAAGAUUCUCACCUCCGUGGACCAGUACCUGGAGCUGGUGAACAGCAGCCUGCCUGGCGUGACACCCAAAUCGGGCCACUCCCCCAUCCUGAAGUGCCCCACAGAUUUCCCCCUCAUCCUCUGGCACCCCUACGCCCGGCACUAUUACUUCUGCGUGAUGACAGGCAAGGAGCAGGAGAAGUGGCGGGCGGUUUUCCAGGACUGCGUUCGGCACUGCAACAACGGGAUCUCUGAGGACUCCAAAGUGGAGGCUCCAGCCUUCACGGACGCUGUCCGCAUGUACCGCCAGUCGAAGGAGCAGUAUGGCACGUGGGACAUGCUGUGUGGCAACGAAACCCAGGUCCUGAGCAACCUGGUGAUGGAGGAGCUGCUCCCCGAGCUGAGGACCACCAUCGGCCCCCGGCUGAAGGGCAAGGCUCAGGAGCGCCAGCGGACCUGGAUCCAGAUCUCGGACGCUGUCUAUAGGAUGGUCUAUGAGCAGACCAAGGCCCAGUACGAUGCGGUGAUGGCCAAGUGCGAACAGGAACGGCCCCAGAUGGAGAGCACCAUCCGCACGGACAUGGACCAGAUCAUCACUUCCAAGGAGCACUUGGCCAGCAAGAUCCGAGCGUUUGUCCUCCCCAAAGCGGAGAUCUGUGUCCGUAACCAUGUCCAGCCCUACAUCUCCUCCAUCCUGGAGGCCCUGAUGACCCCCACGAGCCAGGGCUUUGCCGAGGUGCGGGAGGUGUUCUUCAAGGAGGUGACGGACAUGAACAUGAACAUCGUCAACGAAGGUGGCCUGGAAAAGCUGGUGGAGUACAUGGAGAAGCUUUCCCACCUGGCCUUCCACCCCGUCAAGAUGCAGUCGUGCUAUGAGAAGAUGGACCAGCUGAAAUUGGAGGGCCUUCAGCAGCGAUUCGAUGUCUCCAGCACGUCUGUCUUCAAGCAGAGGGCCCAGAUCCACAUGAGACAGCAAAUGGACGAUGCCGUGUACACGUUCGAGACGCUGCUCCAUCAGGAGCUGGGGAAGCUGCAAGGCAAAGACGACUUGUGCAAGUCCAUCCAGCGCAUCCUCGAGAGGGUGCUCAAGAAAUACGACUACGACAGCAGCACCGUGCGGAAGAAGUUCUUCAGGGAGGCUCUGCUGCAGAUCACCAUCCCCUUCCUGCUGAAAAAGCUGGCGCCGACCUGCAAGGGGGAAUUAGCCAAGUUUCAGGAGCUGAUCUUUGAGGACUUUGCCAGCUUCAUCCUGGUGGAGAACACUUACGAGGAGGUGGUGCUGCAGUCAGUGAUGAAAGACAUCAUGCAAGCUGUGAAGGAGGCAGCCGUGCAGCGGAAGCACAACCUGUACCGCGACAGCAUGGUCAUGCACAACAGCGAUCCCAACCUGCACCUCCUGGGCGAGGGCAUCCCCAUCGACUGGGGCGAGGAGUACAGCGGGCAGCCCGAGGCCGAGCCGGACGCCGACAAGCGCCGCAGGGCCAAGCAAGUGGUGUCAGUGAUCCAAGACGACGAGGGGGUGCUGCCCUACGAGGUGGGCGCCGAGGUGCUGCUGCAGCCCGGCUCCCCGGAGCCAGAGGAGCCGGACCCUGGGGCGCUGCCGAGCUCCCCGGAUGGGGUGGAGGAGAUCCGGGAGGUGCUGGCGAAGGAGAGCCUGGGGGACGGCGUCGAGGCGGAGGAGCGGCUGACGAACGGUACCGACGCCACGCGAGAGAGCCGUGCCGCUGAGGAGGCGGCGGUGGUGGCAGGGUCCGGCCCAGGGGAGGACCCCCGCCGUGGGCCAGCCAGUGAGGGGGAUGGCGUGCGCCGUGCCACCGCGGCAUCGCCCGUGCCUGGAGCUGAAGUCCCGUCAGGGCCUGGUGUGCAACGUGCUGCGCCGGCAUCACCCAUGCCGGCAUCACCCGCGCCCGGAGCCGAUGUCCCAGCAGGGGCCAGCGUGCAACACGCCGCCCCAGCGUCACCCAAACCCAGAGCCCAUGUCCCAUCGGAGGCCAAGGUGCCCCCUGCCACCCCAGCAUCGCCUGCACCCCGUGACACCCCGGCACUGCCCGCCGGUACGGCUUGCCACCAGCCCAGUGACAAGGAGACAGGCGAGGAGGUGGCCCCCCCGGGCGGCGAGUGCAGCCCCCCGCAGCCCGUGGGCACGACAGAGAGCAGUGAGGGGGUGCAGACUGAGUUCUAGCCCCGGGCUCGCCCCCACCAUGGACUGGCCCCGGUGACGCCGGGGGGGUUGGGGUAGGGGGAAUAGGACCUGCUGUGCUGCUGGGGAUGGAGAGCAGCGCCGCGGGAGAGGGAGGGGAUGGGAAACACCGAGACCUUAUUGCCUAGCCGGGGUGGGGGGG